AUGAAGGAUGUUAGUGAUCCCGACACGGAGGUCCGGAGAACAUCUUCCUUUGAUCAGACUGUGAGGAUCUGCAGCCGCUGGAAGGUUUUCCUUCUGCUGGUCUGUUUGUUCCACAGCAGCCUGAGCUCCCUGCUGGACUGUCCGCCUACCUGCACCUGCUCUUCCACCGAGAUCUACUGCAACAAGUCGGACAACAGCAGCAUUUCUCAGCUGCUGUCCUUCCACAUGGCGGGCGCGGAGAAUAUGAGCGAGAGCAUCGUGGACCUUUUCCAGAACAUCACCAGCAUAUACCUUGAGAACUGGAUAGGUCUGAAAGUACUGAAAGAUGUGGAUAUGGAGCUGUACCCUGGCUUACAGAGACUAACUAUCACCCGAAGCAGCCUGCACACACUCCAUCCUCGGGUUUUCUCCAAGAACCUCAACUUGCGCUUCAUAAACCUGUCUAUGAACCCCAUGUUGAAGACACUGUCCUGGCAUGUCUUUGAACAUCUGCAGCUCACAGCACUGCAUCUGGAGGGAGUGGUGUUUUCCUGCGGGUGUGAGAUCCGCUGGCUGCAGCUGUGGCAGCAGAGAGGAGAGGCGGGCCUGAGCAGCCAGCAGCUAACCUGCUCCACUGGACACACACACAUCCUGCUGCUGGACAUGAACGUCACCAACUGUGACCUGCCAGUGGUCAGCGUCAGUCACAGCAACCUGACAGUUGUGGAAGGUGAUGAAGUAACAGUGAUCUGCAAUGGCUCUGCACUGCCAAUACCUGAGGUGGACUGGGCUGUUAAUGGCUUACACUCCAUCACCACACAACAGGAUAAAGUAUAUAACAGUAUUCACUCCAUCACCAUAAUACUGGCCAAUGUGAAAAGGGAGGACAACAAUUUCUGGCUAAAUUGCACCGCCAACAACAUCGUAGGCUCCGCUAAUGCUUCUGUUCACCUAAUCGUUCACUUUCCUCCGUCCAUUGAGAAGCUUAAGGAGCCAGAACGCCGUCAUGACACGUGUAUAGAAUUUACUGUUCGGGGUUCACCUCAUCCAAGCUUAAGAUGGUUUCAUGAAGAUAAGGAGAUUUCCCACAAUGAGUACAUCCGCCAAGAUAUGGAUAUUUACAACGACGACUUGGAGGGUUGCCUUCUUUUCAAAAACCCAACGCACUACAAUAAUGGCAACUACACUUUGAAAGCAACCAACUAUCUGGGUGAGGUCAACAGGACAGUGUAUGGACACUUCCUCGAAAUGCCCCCUCCUGAUUAUGACUAUGGAACUCCAACUGCAGAGACUCACAAACCUUUGGAAGAUCCUUUUGGGGUCUCCAUGGCCGUAGGUUUGGCAGUGUUUGCCUGUGUAAUCCUCGUGGUUCUCUUUGUUCUGAUCAACAAGUAUGGACGACGUUCCAAAUUUAUCAUUAAAGGCCCAGGAGCAGUGAUGAGUGGGGAAGAAAACUCUGCCAGUCCGCUCCAUCAUGUAAAUCAUGGUGUUAUAAGCCCCUGUGCUCUGGAUGUUGGGUUAGAUUCCGUGGUGAUUGGCAUGUCCAGGAUCCCCAUUAUAGAGAAUCCACAGUACUUCAGACACGGGCACAACGGCACCAAACCAACCACUUAUGUUCAACACAUUAAGCGUCGGGAUAUCAUUUUGAAGAGGGAGCUUGGUGAAGGUGCCUUUGGAAAGGUCUUUCUGGCUGAAUGUUAUAACUUAAGUCCAACCAAGGAUAAAAUGCUGGUAGCUGUAAAGACUCUAAAGGACCCCACACUUGCAGCUAGGAAGGAUUUCCAGCAUGAGGCAGAACUGCUGACCAACCUGCAGCACGAACACAUAGUCAAGUUCUAUGGAGUGUGUGUGGAUGGAGACCCUCUCAUCAUGGUUUUUGAAUACAUGAAGCAUGGAGAUCUCAACAAGUUUCUCAGAGCCCAUGGACCAGAUGCCACAAUCCUAGUAGAUGGGCAGCCUCUUCAGACCAACGGGGAGCUGGGUCUGUCCCAGAUGCUUCACAUAGCGAGUCAGAUCGCAGGGGGGAUGAUCUACCUGGCAUCCCAGCACUUUGUCCAUCGUGAUCUUGCAACAAGGAACUGUUUGGUGGGGAAUGGCCUUCUGGUGAAAAUAGGAGAUUUUGGCAUGUCCAGAGACAUUUACAGUACAGAUUACUACAGGGUUGGAGGUCACACCAUGCUUCCCAUUCGUUGGAUGCCCCCAGAGAGCAUCAUGUACAGGAAGUUCACCACAGAGAGCGAUGUCUGGAGCUUUGGAGUUAUUCUGUGGGAGAUCUUCACAUAUGGCAAACAGCCGUGGUUUCAGCUCGCCAACAAUGAGGUUAUUGAAUGCAUUACCCAGGGCAGGGUACUAGAGCGCCCAAGAGUCUGUCCAAAGGAAGUCUAUGACAUCAUGCUGGGCUGCUGGCAAAGGGAGCCACAGCAGCGCCUCAUCAUUAAAGACAUUCAGAAGAAGCUUUUGGCCCUGAUGAAAUCCACACCAGUUUAUCUGGACAUAUUGGGAUGAGAAAAAGGUUCAAAUGUAAUCGUGGAGGCAAAGGAACAAAACUCUCAUACAAGACCCCAAUCAAAUCAACAUGUGCAGCAGGAUAAAGACUCACAUCUGCUCUACAUCUGUUUUACUUAAUAGAAGCCAAACUACCUUAAAUAAUCCUGGAAAUUAGGUAGACCAAAAAGAACCUAACAUUCAUACAAAAGAUAUUGUAGAUUGUUUUUUUACAUGAACUCAAAGCAUAAGACUCAUUUAGAAGUACACAUUGUAUCAAACUGGAGGUAAGUUUGUCAACAAUAUUGCCCUAGUCUGGAUUAUUUUAACAUCAUUUUGAAUAAAUUGCUCCACCCACAUGCAUAGAUUAUUGCAGCAUUGCUUUUUCAAUCCUGACCUACAGUAGUCAUUUUUGUAGUUUGGUGAUUUGUGAGAUAUACUGCCAUAGAUGUCACUGUAUGUGCAUACAUGUUAAUCAGAAUUAAUUUUUCCACUCUCUGUUGUGUUCAGUACUCAAUAUUCCAGUACUUUGUCAUUUUAUAUGCAUAAUAAUAAAAAGAUUACAUACACUAAACUCAAAUAACAUUCGUCUUCAGUCUGGUGAUUCUAUAGCUUCAUGAAGGACAUUAUCGAAUGGUUCUUAAAGAUGGCAGAAGGUUAGUCACUAAGUCUGCUAGUGCAAUGUCUUAAAAUAAAAACGUACUCUUUCUGUAUAAAAAUUUAUUUUAAAAAUGAAAGUGAGAUCCUGAUGAACUCAACGUUUUACCUUCAUGACAGAAAAGUCUCAAUACAUAUACUAACACUGAGAAACCAUUAGUAAAUAUCAACUUUGCUGAUUACAUUGCAUUUUGGCAAUAUGGCAUUGGAGAUGUUCAGGAAAGUAAAGUUUUUGCACACAAAUGUACAAAGUUUCCA